CGAAAAGGAAAGCGUGAGUGUGUGUGUGCGCAUGCCUACACACACAUGCACGCUCAUGCACACACGUGGGCGUACAGUGGGAAAAAAACAGGCUGAAACAUGAGUGAAUCUAACACUCCAGGUUCACUUUGCUUUCAAGGAAAUUCUAGUAUUGCAAGAUCAAACAAGGUAAGGACUUCCCUAUUCCUCAGAAAUGAGCAUAAUAAGAUUACACAAGAAUGGUAAUAAGAGAGUUGCGUUUUUGCUGGAAUAGAAAUGAUAAAUCCAGAUUCAUGAUUUUUUAGGCACACUGUUCAUUACAGUAUGGAGAUCUGAGAUCUCGAGAUUCCAAAUAGGUUGUCCUCUUCCAAACAUACAAAGAGAACACCUCUUCUUGGGAAAAAAAAAAAACAAAGUUAGAAAUAAAAUUUCUCUUUGCAACUCUGGUAAUGAUAAUCGGAUCAAAUGUCAAUAUCCUUUCCUCAGAGGUCUGAUACUCCCAAAGACAAGAUGGGAAAGAAGGAGGAAAACAAAGCAUGAGAACAGAAGGUUAUCAAAAUUACUUGGGGUAGGUUAAGAAGCCAUUGUUCUGGUUGUCAGCUGGAAGGCUAACUUCACAAUGGGGAAAACGCAGGGCCUGGAAGACCUGUUGCCAGCAUCUGGUCCCCCACUUCCUCCCCUACGCCGCCCACCAGAGCCACAAAGCACAAGCUGGUUCUAGUGAUAAUUUCAAGGCCACAAUAUCAGCAGCAGGAGAUUAGCUAACAGCUGACUCUGGCUGUUGCUGUCAGGAGACUGAAAUCGCUUAUUCACAGUGUCUCCUGCCCAAUGCUGUGCUCCACAGGUGGUUGAUUUUCUUCAGUUUCCAACCAACACAAAAUCUAUUUGCUGGAUUUAGAAACUACAUGCUCACCUAUUUGAACCUUUUUUUCCCCCGGUGAGGAAAUCAGAACUGAGGAAGUUUCAGUGACUGUUAACGAGCAGCAAAAUUCAGGAGUCUGGAGUGCUCUAUAAUUAUUUGAAACGUUAUUUUGUGGUGGGGCGGCAUGGUGAUUGUGGACCAGCUCCGGGAGGAGCAGGAAGUGCAGAGAGCUCGAAGCCAGUGCACUUGCAGUGAGAUGCAGAAGUUCAGGAAGAUUAAAUGGCUUAGUUGAGGCAGCUAGUGGGAAGGAGAGCAAAGACACAGAGGCUGCACCUGGGCUCCCAGUUCUGGCCCCUCCACAUCCCAGUGUCUCCACAGAGGCGCCAGAAAAUGCCACGACAUGAAAAGUGACAACCAGAGCUUCUCAGGGGACCUCCCUCAAGCCUUCAUCCUCCUGGGUGUGUCUGACCGGCCAUGGCUGGAGCUCCCGCUCUUCGUGGUCCUCCUGCUGUCCUAUGUGCUGGCCAUGUUGGGGAACGUCGCCAUCAUCCUGGCAUCCCGGCUGGAUCCUCAGCUCCACAGCCCCAUGUACGUCUUCCUCAGCCACCUGUCCUUCCUGGACCUCUGCUACACUACCACCACCGUCCCUCAGAUGCUGGUCAACAUGGGCAGUUCCAGGAAGACCAUCAGCUAUGGAGGCUGCACGGUGCAGUACGCAGUCUUCCACUGGCUGGGAUGCACAGAGUGCGUCGUCCUGGCCGCCAUGGCCCUGGACCGCUAUGUGGCCAUCUGCGAGCCCCUCCGCUACGCCGUCCUCAUGCACCGCGCUCUCUGUCAGCAGCUCGUGGCUCUGGCCUGGCUCAGUGGCUUCGGAAACUCCUUGGUGCAGGUGGCCCUGACUGUGCGGUUGCCACUCUGUGGGCGGCAGGUGCUGAACAACUUUUUCUGUGAGGUGCCGGCCGUGAUCAAGCUGUCGUGUGCUGACACCACUGUGAACGAUGCCACGCUGGCUGUGCUGGUGGCCUUCUUUGUGUUGGUGCCCCUGGCUCUCAUCCUUCUCUCCUAUGGCUUUAUUGCCCGCACAGUGCUCAGGAUCCAGUCCUCCAAGGGACGACACAAGGCCUUCGGGACCUGUUCCUCCCACCUGAUGGUCGUCUCCCUCUUCUACCUACCUGCCAUUUACAUGUAUCUGCAGCCCCCUUCCAGCUACUCCCAAGAGCAGGGCAAAUUUAUUUCCCUCUUCUAUUCCAUAAUCACCCCCACUCUCAACCCCUUCAUCUACACCCUGAGGAAUAGAGAAGUGAAGGGAGCUCUGAGGAGACUCCUGGCCAGGCUCUGGAGCCUCUGUGGAUGGUGAGGGCCUGAGAUGUGGCAUCUCCAUCAACUGAGGAACACUGGACACGCCUACUGUGCGCUCAGACAAAGAGGACGUGAGAUGUGGCAUCUCCAUCAACUGAGGAACACUGGACAUGCCUACUGUGCGCUCAGACAAAGAGGACCUGAGAUGUGGCAUCUCCGUCAACCGAGGAACACUGGACACGCCUACUGUGCGCUCAAAGAGGACCUGAGAUGUGGCAUCUCUGUCAACUGAGGAACACUGGACACGCCUACUGUACGCUCAGACAAAGAGGAUCUGAGAUGUGGCAUCUCCAUCAACUGAGGAACACUGGACACGCCUACUGUGCGCUUAGACAAAGAGGACGUGAAAUGUGGCAUCUCCAUCAACUGAGAAACACUGGACACGCCUACUGUGUGCUCAGACAAAGAGGACGUGAGAUGUGGCAUCUCCGUCAACUGAGGAACACUGGACACGCCUACUGUGCACUCAGACAAAGAGGACCUGAGAUGGGGAAUCUCCAUCAACUGAGGAGCACUGGACAUGCCUACUGUGCACUCAGACAAAGAGGACCUGAGCUGUGGCAUCUCCAUCAACUGAGGAACACUGGCCACGCCUACUGUGCGCUCAAAGAGGACCUGAGAUGUGGCAUCUCCAUCAACUGAGGAACACUGGACACACCUACUGUGCGCUCAGAGCAUCUUUUGCUUAAGGAGUUAAUACCCAGAGAGCUCAAAGCCUGUCCCCAAACAUCUCACUUCUGGUCAUAAUGCCCCAAAUCCCACAUCUACAAAUAAAGUCCAUUUUAAAAGUGUAAUUCUAAGAGGUCAUAUGUUUUCAAGAAUUGUUUAAAUAGACCUCAGUAAGUAUUUGUUGAAUUAUUUAACUUCUGGUUUCCUGAUUCUUUUCUCUUUUCCUCUUCCUAUAUGUCUUUUAUUUUCUCCCCAUUUGUUUUUCAAGUUUCUCUCUCUCUUUUCUAUUACUCUUAAGCAUAUACAAGAUGAAGCUGAAAUACACUUAUUUUACUUACAAUAAAUAUGUGUUCUUCUCCAUAUACUUAAAUCUCCACAAAUUUUACAAACAAUUCCAAGAAUGAAGUCGAUUGGUAUCUCUUUCCUGUGAUUUUGGACUUUUUUUUCUGUAGUUCAAAUUUUCAUCUAUAGAAAGUUUUUCCAUCAAAUGUAAACAAGUACAACCACUAUGGAAAAUCGUGUGGAGAUUCAUCAAAGAACUAAAAGUAGAUCUACCAUUUGAUCCAGCAAUCCCACCACUGGGUAUCUACCCAGAGGAAUAGAAGUUAUUAUAUGAAAAAGAUACUUGCCCGUGCAUGUUUAUAGCAGUGCAUUUUGCAAUUGGAAAAAUAUGGAACCAGCCCAAAUGCCCAUCAAUCAACAAGCAGAUAAAGAAAAUGUGAUACAUAUAUAUACAUAUAUAUAUAUGUAUAUAUGUAUAUAUAUAUAUAUAGAGAGAGAGAGAGAGAGAGAAUGGAAUACUAUUCAGCCAUAAAAAGGAAUGAAAUAAUGGCAUUCUUAGCAACCUGGCCAGUUUUAACACCCUAAUGCCCAAAGGUUGUCUUUCUCUUUCAAGCUCAGCUAUGUGUUUCUGAUGACAUUAUUUUCACAGGAAAUCAAAGUGUUUGUAGCAGGAAGGCAGUCAGUAAUAGCUCACCAAGAUGCAGAAAGCCCGUCUCCAAUCGGUGCUGCUCAGAAGUGCUAACAAGGCAGAGUUUGCAACACAAUGUAAAUCUCAUAUUGUUUCCCUUAUGGAAACAGUCUGAAGGGUUUUUUUUUAAUGUCCGCGUAUCCAAAGGGCAUAUUUGAUAAUUUGAUUGAUUUACAAUCUUAUUCAAGUUCCGUACAGCUACAGCUCCUAGACCACAACUUGAGUAGCCAAGUGUGGCUACUUUGAUGGUUAAUUGUAUACUAUUUCCAUCCUGAGCGAUUCCAUGCGGUUCAAGAGUUGUCCAUGUGUAGAGAGGCAAUUAGUAAAUAUUUCCUUAUAACUUAAUGCUCUGUGAAGUAUGAUAGAUGAACCGUUCCUCAGAUGGGAUAAAUCCAAAAUGAGUUGUUAUCAAAUGAAGGCAAGAUGCAUCUUCUGCCUAAUACUUCUGGUUAUGAGUGCAGGCUCCAAAACCCUGAAACCUUUCCCUCUAUGACUUUCAUGCUCUUAUCCUAGCAAAGCUGAAAUUCCACUCAUUACAAUUAGUGUGAGGUAAUUUUUUAAAAAUUAUCUACAAUUGAAUCAUUUGCCAAAGCGAUUUUUAAAAUGCACAAAGCAAUUUAAUUUAUCUUAAGUGGUUUAAAUAAAUAAUUUUUAAAAUGUC